AUGGCGGCGUUACUUUUGGUCAACGUUUCGUUAGACUCAUUUCUUAACGAUUACGAUAUUCUUAUAAUGUCACCAGAAAAAAAGAAUCCUUUUAUAUGCUUAAUAUCUUUGAUAACACUUUUAUCAAUUUUGGGGAAUACAGCAACAUUUAUUGUUAACAUAAAAAGGAAAAUGCGAGGUUUUUACAGAACGUGUUUAUUGUCUUUAGCAUUUAGUGAUUUAGUAACAACAGUCACCUCAGCAAUUCCAUUUAUUGCACAAUUGUCAGCAAUAAGUACAGAAAUUUGGAUUUUAGGAGAAAUUUUGUGUGAUGGAAUCCCAUUUGCAUAUACAGCCAGUUUACUUAUUAAUAGUAUAACUUUAGCCAGUAUUACACUUGUUCGAUAUAUGGCAAUUAAAAAAGUAUUUAAAAAUAUUUUUUGGAACCCAGGAACAUUUACUUGUAUUGCUUUCAUAAUAGUUAAUUAUGGUUUGGCAAUUAUUUUAUCAAGUCCAAUAAUUACAACAUUUCACAUUAAAAACUCCAUUUUGAUUAUAACAAAUCCAAAUAAUCGUAAUGAAAUUUGGGAAGAAAGAAAGGUGCAAAUAUGUACCCCAAUUAUAAAUAAAGAGGAACCCAGCUUUAUAUUCUACUUUUUAAUAUACGGCAUUGUCGUGUUACCAAUAAUAUUAGUUUUUUUACUAUUAAAUUGUAUAAUAAUUAAAGAAAUGUGGAAAAAACAAAUAUGUUUUCGUAAAUGUGCAUCGUUAUCAAUAAAAAUAUUACGUGCUGCAAAUUCUAGAAAUGAAUUAUCCAUUAAUCGUCCAUUGACUUCAACACAACAAAUCUAUGAAAGUAACCAAGUAUUCACACGUCACAAUAUACAAAAUAAUCGUCUAACAUAUCAAACUAAACUUUGUUUUAUAAUAAUUGUAUUGAUGCUAGUUUUUUUAAUUUGUCGAUUUCCAAGAUCAAUUUUUCUUAUGUUAUAUUUAGAACGCGUUAAUAUUACAUUUGAUGAUUGGGCAUUAAAUUUUUCAUUAGAGGUUUUAUCAUUAAUUAGUUGUGUUUUAAAUCCACUCUUGUAUACAUUUAUGCCAGAAACAUUAAAACUUUUAAAUCAUAUGACAAACUAUUUCAAACUUAUAGAGCACGAUAGUGCCGUAUUGAACGGAACAAAUAAACAUUUUUUAAAAGGCGAAAAGGAAUUGUACACCAUUUUGGAAGAAUACUAA